AGAAGAAGAAGUAGUUAUUCGCGGUUUAUCUUCUGCACUUGAAGUCUUCGACGGCUGUUAGCGUGAGACUCUCUCUGUACAUUCUAAGCUAUAUAUCAGUAUUCUUAUUUUUCGCACUUUCUCUGGAAAGAAAACAACCCUUGUCAACAUGCAUGUGAUAAAGCGAGAUGGGCGCGAAGAGCGUGUCAUGUUUGACAAGAUCACUUCCCGUAUUCAGAAGCUGUGCUAUGGACUCAACUCUGACUUUGUAGAUCCAACCCAGAUCACCAUGAAGGUAAUCCAGGGUCUGUACAGUGGGGUCACUACAGUGGAGCUGGACACAUUGGCUGCAGAGAUUGCUGCCACCCUCACAACGAAACACCCCGACUAUGCCAUCCUGGCUGCCCGCAUUGCCGUCUCCAACCUGCACAAGGAGACCAAGAAGGUGUUCAGUGAUGUGGUGGAGGAUCUCUACAACUAUGUCAACCCACUAAACAGAUGCCACUCUCCCAUGGUUGCCAAGGAGACACUUGACAUUGUCCUAGAAAACAAGGAUCGCCUCAACUCUGCAAUCAUCUUCGACCGGGACUUCUCCUACAACUUCUUUGGAUUCAAGACACUUGAGCGGUCGUACCUUCUGAAGAUUAAUGGGAAAGUUGCCGAGCGACCCCAGCACAUGCUCAUGAGGGUGGCAGUUGGGAUUCAUCAGACUGACAUUGACGCUGUCAUCGAGACUUACAACCUGCUGUCAGAGAAGUGGUUCACCCACGCUUCGCCCACACUCUUCAACGCUGGCACCAACCGCCCACAACUGUCCAGCUGUUUCCUGUUGGCCAUGAAGGAUGACAGCAUUGAGGGCAUCUACGACACCCUAAAGCAGUGUGCCCUAAUCUCUAAAUCAGCAGGGGGCAUCGGAGUGGCAGUCAGCUGCAUCAGAGCCACGGGCAGCUACAUUGCUGGGACAAAUGGUAAUUCCAAUGGGCUGGUUCCCAUGCUCCGAGUGUACAACAACACAGCACGCUAUGUGGACCAGGGAGGCAACAAGAGACCUGGUGCGUUUGCCAUGUACCUGGAGCCGUGGCACUUUGAUGUGUUUGACUUCUUGGAUCUGAAGAAGAACACGGGGAAGGAAGAGCAGAGAGCCAGAGAUCUGUUCUACGGCAUGUGGAUCCCUGACCUCUUCAUGAAGAGAGUGGAGAGCAACCAGGACUGGUCCCUGAUGUGCCCCAGUGACUGCCCUGGACUGGACGAGUGCUGGGGGGAGGAGUUUGAGAAGCUCUAUACCAUGUAUGAGCAGGAGGGUCGGGUCAAGCGGGUGGUGAAGGCCCAGCAGGUGUGGCAUGCCAUUAUUGAGUCCCAGACUGAGACGGGCACCCCCUAUAUGCUUUACAAGGACGCCUGCAACAGGAAGAGCAAUCAGCAGAACCUGGGCACCAUUAAGUCCAGUAACCUUUGUACCGAAAUUGUAGAGUACACCAGCCAUGAUGAGGUGGCAGUGUGUAACCUGGCAUCCAUCGCCCUCAACAUGUAUGUCACCCCAGAGAAAACAUUUGACUUCAGCAAGCUGGCCUAUGUCACCAAGGUCAUCGUCAGGAACCUCAACAAGAUCAUUGAGAUCAACUACUACCCUGUGGUCGAGGCUGAGAACUCCAACAAGCGCCACAGGCCCAUUGGUAUCGGUGUGCAGGGUCUUGCUGAUGCUUUCAUCCUGAUGCGUUUCCCCUUUGAGAGUGCCGAGGCCCAGAAGCUCAACACUCAGAUCUUUGAGACCAUCUACUACGCUGCCCUGGAGUCCAGCUGUGAGCUUGCUGCUGAGCUCGGUGCCUACCAGACCUACCCAGGCUCCCCUGUCAGCAAAGGAAUCCUUCAGUACAACAUGUGGGACAAAACCCCAACCGACCUGUGGGACUGGACAGUUCUCAAGGAAAAGAUUGCCAAGCACGGUGUGAGGAACAGUCUGCUGCUGGCCCCCAUGCCCACGGCCUCUACAGCCCAGAUCCUGGGCAACAAUGAGUCUAUCGAGCCCUACACCAGCAACAUCUACACCCGCAGAGUCCUCUCUGGAGAGUUCCAGAUUGUGAAUCCCCAUCUGUUGAAGGACCUAACAGAGAGAGGGCUGUGGAAUGAGGAGAUGAAGAACCAGCUGAUUGGUCAGAACGGAUCCAUCCAGGGCAUUGCUGAGAUCCCAGAUGACCUGAAGGAGCUGUAUAAGACUGUGUGGGAGAUCUCCCAGAAGACUAUUCUGAAGAUGGCUGCUGACCGCGGGGCCUUCAUAGACCAGAGCCAGUCCCUCAACAUCCACAUCGCUGAGCCUAACUACGGCAAGCUCACCAGCAUGCACUUCUACGGCUGGAAGCAGGGUCUGAAGACGGGCAUGUACUACCUGAGGACCAAGCCUGCAGCCAACCCCAUCCAGUUCACCCUGAACAAGGAGAAGCUGAAGGAGUCUCAGUCGGCUAAGAACUUGGAGGCGAUCAAGGAGCUCAACAGAGCCGCUAUGGUGUGUUCCCUGGAGAACCGCGACGACUGCCUGAUGUGUGGCUCUUAGACGGCACCCCACUCCUCCCCGCUCUUUAGUUAAUGAACCAUAGCAGUGGACCACUGAAGUCCUCAGGAUCUUUGAACCCCACUGUCAUUGCCUUUAGGUCAGGUAACAUUAUACAGUAAUCUGCCCUGAUGUCAGAUCAGACUCUUAAUAGAACAGGCUCUUGUGUUUGUUGUGGGAAUGCUAAUGUAGCCUAACUAUAGUGCUGUACAAGGUGUGCGCUGUCUGAUAAUACCAGAUUAUUAACUGUAAACUUUUCUAUUUAUCUUUCACAGUUACACUGUCUGUGUGGAUUUGUUUUGUAUAGGAUUGCGUUUCCAACUUUGUCUACUCCAUUGUUAAUAUGUAUAUCUAAGGAUCUCAUAACUUGCUGAAUGAACUUAAACAAAAUGUGUGUAUAUUCUAAGUAUUUUGUAUUUGACCUGUGGGGAAAAUAAAAUAGCUUUGUAUGCUGAACAAAAAUAUAAACGCAACAUGCAACAA